AUUAUUGAUCGCAUCGCGUGUUUUGGCGCGGAGGGGUGGGGAGAAACGGGAGACCGCGUGUGGAGCCUUCUGUCAAGCCGUCUGCGGCGUUGUUGAAGCGUUUUUCCCUAGCUGGCCUUGGCGUCGGGCUGGCAACGGGGCGGGCGGCUGUGAACGUAAACAAACGAGUCGGGAGUUCGAGCCAGCGUCUACGUCUAACCUAACCUAGAAAAAAAGAACGUCCGGUUUUUUCUGUGGUCGCGUGUGUUUUUCCGGGAUUUCGUGUGCCACUAUUUGGAUUAUGGUGCCUGGGUUAUGUUUUUAGAUAAGGAGGAUGUUUUAGUGGGUUUGUAUCCGGUCUGGUUUCUGUUGUAACGGCAAACUCCAUUAUUGGAAGUGUGAUGUUUUGGUUUCGUAAUCUAAACCUGAUUCUUGAGUCAUAAUACGUUGGACGAGGAUAAAAGCAGCAAUUGGUUCUGAUAAUAUCCUUUUGACAAGUACCUACUUUAAAACAUGUUCGUAAUAGUGAAGAAGAUACGUUCUACUCAAAAACUUGUGCCUUUGGUGUCUACAUUAACAAGACAGCAACGAUGUAAAUUUAGCAGUCUUCCAGAAUUAACCAAAGACCGUUAUCCAAACGUGAAACGUGGCAACUACGGCCAUAUUGACACCAACCACUUGAUUUUUUUUAAAGAUCUCUUGGGUGAGACCAGGGUGAUCACCGACGAGAGCGAGUGUCUCGGAUACAACACCGAUUGGAUCAAAGCCAACAGGGGUUAUAGCAGGUGCGUCUUGAAGCCGAAGUGCACGAGGGAGGUGGCCGCCAUAUUGAAAUUUUGCAACGAGAAUGUUUUGGCCGUUUGUCCGCAAGGUGGCAACACUGGUCUGGUUGGCGGCUCUGUGCCCGUUUUCGACGAGAUCGUGCUGUCGACUUCGCUGAUGAACAAGAUUGUCAGCUUGGACACAACUUCAGGCGUACUAACAUGUGAGGCCGGUUGCAUUCUGGAAAAUUUGGAGAAUCACCUUGAUGAACAUCAGCUCAUGAUGCCCUUGGAUCUUGGGGCAAAAGGAUCCUGUCAAAUCGGUGGGAAUGUGUCGACGAACGCAGGAGGUCUUAGAUUGCUCAGAUAUGGGAAUCUGCAAGGAACGGUUUUGGGUCUAGAAGCCGUCACAGCAAACGGAGAAAUCAUUGACUGCCUAUCCUCGCUGAAGAAGGACAACACAGGCUUUCACCUUAAACACCUCUUCAUAGGUUCCGAAGGCUCCCUAGGGGUGGUGACCAAGGUGUCUAUACAAUGCCCGCCCAAACCGAAGGCUGUAAACCUUGCGUUUUUGGGGCUGCAAUCCUUUGACAAGAUCCUAACGGUGUUCAAGAGGUGCAAGCACGAUCUUGGCGAGAUAAUGUCUUCCUGCGAGGCCAUAGACGCGGAUUCUCUGGCCGUGACCACAGAUCAUCUGGGUUUGAAAUCGCCCUUGGCCAAGUUUCCCUUCUACAUGGUGAUAGAGACCAAUGGCAGUGAUAACGGCCACGACGAAGAGAAGCUGAGCAGAUUCUUGGAAGAUGUAAUGGGAGACGGUACCGUGGAAGAUGGCGUGGCUACGAAUGAGCCAAGUAAGAUGAAGGCCAUCUGGGAGCUAAGGGAAAGGAUCACAGAGGGCCUCAUUCACGAUGGAUACGUCUUCAAGUACGACCUUUCCUUACCGUUGGAAAAUUUCUAUUCCCUGGUCGGAAUCAUGAAGGAAAGAGUCGGAGCUGACGCAGUCAGGGUUUCCGGUUAUGGUCACGUGGGCGACGGCAAUGUCCAUCUCAAUGUGGCAGUGAAGGAGUUCUCGCCGGAGGUCCUGCACAAAAUCGAGCCCUUCAUCUACGAGUACACCUCGAAGCUGAACGGCAGUAUCAGCGCCGAACACGGCAUUGGUUUCAGGAAGACGAAAUACAUGCACUACUCGAAGAGCAAGGAGGCCAUGGAUUUGAUGAGGAACAUCAAGGACAUGAUGGACCCGAAGUGGAUUCUGAACCCUUACAAGGUCCUUCCCCAGUGAUCCCUUUUUUGAUUUUUUUUUCUGAAUAUAUAUUUUUUGAGAGUUUA